AUGAUUCUCACUUUCCUCCUUCUCCUUCUACCUGUCGUCCGCAGUCAGUACUACUACUCACGGCCACCCAAAUGGCCGAUCGACAUUGUCGUCGGGUUGCCGGUCGACGAAGGCGAAGGCUCGAGGAAUCCUUUCGGCUUGACCAUGGCCAAAGGCCGACCCAUCUUCGACGUCGCUCUUGAGGACGUCUACCGUCGACAUCAGCUACUGCCAGAGGGCUCUCUGAGCGUCUCCUACGUCAACACGGCGUUGAGCGACGCCAUCGCACCUCAGCGGAUAGUCGAGCGAUACUGUAACAACUCGGUCGACGUCGUCAUGGGCCUACCUUACGUCUACGCCUUGGCUCCAGUGGCGCGGCUCUCGGCUCUUUGGAACCAAGGCGUUCCAGUGUUCAGUACCACCGCGUUCGCCGAUGAGUUCGGCAACAGGAAGGAGUUCCCUUUACUAACUCGGAUGAUGGGCAACUACAACGCGCUGAGCUUGAUGGUCACUCGGAUCGCAGCCAACUUUCAGUGGAAUCAUUACUUCUUCCUCUAUGACGAUCAGAAGUCGAAGGAGAGCAACAACAACGGCCGAUCGGAGUGCUUUUUCACUCUGGUCGCUAUCAAGAAUAUGGUUGAUCGGGACCCUUCGUCGGUUUGGGACGUCAAAACGUUGUCGGAUCGCAGAGCCAACCGGGAGCACUACCGCCAGGUGCUCCGGGAAGCUUCGCUCGUUAGUCAUUGUAAGUUUUUUAUCCGGAAAAACGUGGUCCAACGGCUUGUCUACUUUUUCUAGAUAAUUUCGUGCCUAACGAAUUUGAUUAUGUCAUUUUUUAUGCUGGCUUCAAGUCCGGACUAUUUUUUUCUUCUCGGGAAAGCUGUGAACCAACCACAUGUGGUGACCUUGAUUUAUUGUUUAAAAUUCUUGUCAGCCUUCUGGCUUCAUUAUUUCUUUCUGCUUUUUUUUUACUUUUAAACUUCUCAUGUGAACCGCUCGAACUUUCCUUCGACUUGGAAAAAACUAACGUCUCUGUUAAACUCGAAAGAUUUUUCAGCUGCAACUUUUCUUUUGAUUCAACUUUGCUUUUUUUCUUUUUAUGACGCCAUUUUGAGAUCUCGAAAAAGAAGAAUGAUUUCUUUAUAUAUCUAAAAAUGGAAAAAUUCGGCUUCAUUUCUGCUAACAUUGAAUCCGAUUGGGUAUUUAUUACGUUUCUUCAAGUCAGUGAUGCUACUAUUGCAAUUGGUAAUGCAAAAAUAUUUUUUCCUUCAUUCAUUAAUUUUAGAGUUGGGUUUCCAUUUCCUCACUAAUUUUCUCCCACUUUUCUGCAAAAAGUAGAAUAUUUUUCGCUUCUUAACUCAUUUAUUCUCUUUUCCUUGGGUUAUUUGUGUCUGAAUUAGCCAUUCCGCCAACAAAUUCACGAGAUCCUCCGGUUUUUAUUUAUUUAGGCCUGGAGUGUUUUUGACUAACUCAAAAGAAAAAGGAGCUUUCUUUUCUUCUGGCUGUUCCAGAAAACUUCGAAUGAAAAAAUAACUGGUAAUGAGCUCGAAUUAAGAAAAACUUAGUAUUGAUUGUUUUUACGAACAACUUUAUUGAUUUCAUGAAUGUUGACUUUAGUUUUACUUCUUUCAACGCGAAAACCAAAUAUUUGGCAGCUUUUCUUUUUGACACUUUUUUCUCCUCAAACGUAGCAGCACUCUUAAACGUUUUGGCAGCUGUUUCGCAUUGAGAAAAAGUUUUGAGAAUGGUUUUCACCUGACUGCACAUUUUGAAAAAGGAGACUGCGAUGGAAACACCUUUGACUCGAAAUCGAAGCCAAUAAAGCCGGACUGGUUUUUGAAAAAAAGAAAGGAUGGGCCAUCAAAAAAAAAAAGUUCAAUGAUGGCCAAUGAGGGGUCUGUCUGAUAUUUGUCAAUUUGGAAGAAAAAAAACUGAGACCUUUUUAAUUUUAAACUGCUCCGGAUGUUAGAAAAAGUUUAAAAUUGCCUUGAAUCAACAGAAAAUUAGCCUUUUCUGUGGAGAAAUGUCUUCGGAGGUUUUUUUUUCAGUCUUUAGGUGCCAUUUAUUUUCCUUUAUCAUUGAGUUUUCAGAUAAAUUGUGUUUGGAUUGAAAUUGAGGUCAACUAUACCGAAGUUUUCUUCUAUUUCUUGGAUUUUAUGUCUCAAAGAUUGGGGUAAACACCAAAAAUGGAGGUCGUUGCGUCCAUCAUUUUUUUAUAGCUUUUUCCGUUCCUUCGGUUGGGUUCCUUUCUCAUCUUUUUUCCUUGUCAGUGACUUAUAUUGCCGAGGGGCUUUUCCCGUCUCGAAUCGAGAAUGUUCCCUGGGGCAUCUGUGUGGCGAAGGACUCUCGUCGAUAAACUCUCUGCCUGGGAUUUUUUUGUUUUCUUUGACUCAGGAUAUAUGAAAUUGCAUUGGAGUAGAGUGUCGUCUUCGGCAAGGAUACAGAAAGAACGCAAACAACUACUUUUUCCAUGUUUUGACUUCUUUUUGAAGAAUCUACUUUUGUGAGUAGUGAGAGAUGCUGAAAACGCAAAAAGUGAUAUUAUUCAAAAAAUGUUCUUAACGAAGCAUUUUCAGAAAAAGUUCCUUGGAGAGCGAUCCCGUCUUUGAAUCAUCAAUUUUUUCAAAAAAAAAAUUGAAUUGGGUGAUUUUCAGGUUCCAGAGCUCUUUUUUCAUUUUUUUUUUCGACUCGUAAAGACUUUUCCUCAUACUUUAAUAACUUUGAUGACCGAAAAAGGAAAUUCUCGUGAUGUUUUGUUGGCGGCAGCCUGGAGAAAAUAUAGACGUGUCCGUGGGUCGGUCGGUCGGGACACAAUUGAUUUCGUUCGGUUUCUCGAGCCCCUUCCACGGCAUCCUCCGGAGCAAUCAUUUAUGGGUGUGCAGCAACGGCAGCGCUCGAGAAUUCCUCGAGAAAAAAAAGAAGAAGAAGAAGGAGAAAAAAGGGUUUGAGAAUUGAGAAGUUGGGAAAUGAUUGAGGAAAUGGAGGCAUCAAGUUGCUGAAGCCAGUAGAGAUUUAGAGCCCAAAAUUGAAGGAGCAGAGAUGAAAAAAGUCUUGGAUUGAAUACUUCGACAUAGAUCUCAGAGUAAUAAGUGAGUUAUGAACUAAUUGGAACCACUUCACGCUCUCUUUCUCCUAAGGUACUUUUUUAAAAAUGCUCUUAUGGGUUUUCAUUCGAAAAACAAUUGGAAAAAUACUUUUUUUCAAUCUUUCAUGUCCUUUUGCGCUCUAUAUGUCGUUGCAACCAAGAGAAGAAAAAAAAGGUCUCUAGAGAAUUUCGCCGUCUUUUUUGGAGAAAAAGCUUGAGGAAUGCUUUUUCAACAAAAAAAGGAGAAAAUGGCUUGUUUUUCAAGACUUUUUUGGAAAAUGAGCCAAACAGUGACACUUUUCCCUACAAUACAUUUUUUGAGAUCGACAAUAUUUUAUUUCGUUUUUUGCAUUGGACGAGACUCUGAUCGAAUCUCCAACAAAUUAUUUAUUUUAUCAACUCAUUACUUUGUUCCAAAAUGUUUUGAGCCAAUCAAUAGCUCCGUUCGCUGGAGCGCAUUUGUUGGAACUCGAUGAAAUAAAUUCGCGAUAGAUGGACUAUAGACCAAUCCUUGAAUAAUUCAUUUGCCGGAUGCCGUCAUCGUCUUCUCGUUUUCUGCUCCCGUUUUUUCUCUUUCUCGUUCCGGCCUUUCCAUGCGACUCUCCCAUAAAGCUCAUUCGUGAUUUAUGAUGGGCAUAGAACGGGGCUUUUCUGGCUUAGGUAAAAACUCUAAAGAUAGAAUAAGAGCUGAAGAUCGAAUUAGUAGUGCAGUCUCAAGAAUAGAAAACGUUAUCGGUUUUGGAAUUUCCAAUUAAAGGGAAAAAUCCCUAACACUAAAGAAAUGUUUCGAUAUUCUGCAUGUUCCCUUGGCUUUCACCAUGUUAUUGAAGAAAAAUUUCUCCUCUCAUUUAUUCUUUUUUUUCCAAAAAAAAGUUUUGAUGAAAAUGAAGGAGAGGUUGAAUGGCCCAAGGCGUUUUGCAGCAACCCGGCCGAAACUCGAUUUGCCUCUUUUUUCCAUUUGUUCUCUCUUUUCUAGUUCUUCCUGAAAUAACUCGCUCAGUAGGGAAAUUCUUCUCUCUGGAAAGAGAAUAAAAGUAGCCUUAUUCUUUUUCUAUAUUUGCAAACAGAGGGCGAAGGAUCUCAUGAGUUCUUGGGCGAAGAAGCCAUUAUGAAUUAAAGUUCUGGGACAGUUUGGUAUUCGGCUAUGGGAAAAGAAGUUGUAAAAAAGUUUUUUCGUGAGUGAAUUAUUUCAGAAAAGUCAUGAAUGUCAUUUGAAGUUCUGCCACCAGUAAAGAAGCCAAAAAAAUUGAAUAAUUUGAAAUCUCGAAAAACUCUUAAAACGAAAAAAAGCUUCGAAACAACUAAUCAGAGCAAAAAGGAAUUUUGAGAUCUUUUUGGUAAAUAUUUCAUAUGACUAUGGAAAAGUUGAGAGUUACAGAAAGUUGAGACUUUACUCGUGGAAUUCAGCUCCAAAAAUAGCUGAUAUUCCCACGCAAAAGCUUGCUCAAACUCGAAAAGUUGUAGUUCUCAAUAUCGCGUUGGCUCUUGAUUCAAAUCUGCGUUUUACCGAGCUGGAAGUUUUCAUCUAGUCCUUUUUUCUUCGCAUUUAGAAAAACUUCCAAUUUUGACUUUGGGCGGUAGUUUUUUUGAAUUUCUUUUUUUUUCUGAAACUACUACUGUACUUUUAAUCAAAAAAAGAAAAGGGUUUGAAGAUCAAAAAUAUUUAUUUUUCAGUGAUCAUACUAUGCGCGUCGCCGGACACGGUUCGGGAGAUUAUGCUGGCCGCCCACGACCUCGGCAUGGCCACCAGCGGCGAGUACGUCUUCAUCAACAUCGACGUCUCCACUGGGUUCGUCGGAAAUCAUUUCAAAUUUUUUUUUCCAAAAAAUCAGGGCUAUUCUAUAUUUAUUAUCACCCUAUUACGUAGCCAUUUCUUCGGGCUUUUCGAAAGUAAACCGCUUUAUCUCGAAUUUAUUCAGGAAAAUCACUAGGGAAAUAAUCUUAUUACAUGAGAAUGUCCUGUCCUGCAAAAACGCCAAAAAAAAAAAAGCUGAAACCUGAAAUUUGACGCGUUUCCCGUUGUAAAACAACCGAAAACGCAGCUGACGAUGCAGUUUUUGAGAAAAACUGCGUUCAGGGCAUGUCUGGAGGAGAAAACGGUAUAUGAAGCGAAAAUCUGACCUAAUCAAGUUUGCUCUAUGAAGGUGAAAAGGUUCAUGCAAAAUAAAAACUCAAACCUUUUUCAUUAUUUCCAAAAAGCGAUAGAAAAAAGAAAUUAAUUAAAAACUAUAUUCAUUUUUAGUUAAAUUUUUUGAGCUAUUCUACUACGGAUCAAUUUUUCGUAGAUUAAGGUUUUUUCUCUACUUCUGUAACGAAAAAGUUUGUCUUCCAAUGAACCAAGAAAAACGCCUAGAAAGACAAAUCAACAAGUCAGAAUUGAAGAUCCCACGCGGAGAGGCCUUGGAUGAGGUCGAACGACACGAACAACGCGGAGAACGACCGAGCCGAGGAAGCCUACAAGGCGUUGAAGACGAUCUCGCUUCGCCGGAGCGACCUCAAAGAGUACCAGACUUUCGAGACGCGGGUCAAGAACCAAGCCGAAGACAAGUACCACUACAAGAACAUCACCGGCAAGGAUUAUGAGGUCCGCAAUGGGAAAAAUCGCUGUCCUUAAAAAUUUUUAGACAUUUUUUCUUUGUAAACUAGGGUCACAUUUGCUAGGAAUCAGAAUAUUAGGAACUGAAAAAUGAGACUUUGUCGUAUAAGUUACCUCGGUGAGAAGUUGAAAAUUUUCUUUUUUGAUUUUUUUUUUCUUAUUCAAACUUCAAAGCUCCACGUUUUCAUAACUUUAGAAGUCCUGCAUUUUAAAAGAUGAGAAAGGAUGGAUUUUCUUGAAAUUGGAAAAUCGAACUUUGAUAGAACAGUUCGUCAUUAUUUUAGUAUCUUCUAUUCAAUUAAGGUAUUGUUUGAAUCACAAGCUGCUUUUGGAUUUUCGAAAUUCCGCUUUUUUCUGUAAGACGGAAACUUGCAGAUGAACAACUUUAUCAGUGCGUUCUAUGAUGCGGUUCUUCUGUAUGCGAUCGCUCUUAAUGAAACGAUUGCGGACGGUUUGGACCCGAGAAAUGGCCACAACAUCACCUCCAGAAUGUGGGGACGCACUUUCGUCGGUUCGUUUUAAUUUUUUGGUGUUUUAAAUGAAAUCAAUUUUACUUCUGCUGCGUCUAGACAAGAUUCCGUUGAUCCUGUUGAAACAUGAUACUUUUAUGUAUAUUGCUCUGACGCAAGUUAGGUGUCUGCAUUCGGAGAAGAACAUUUUUUUCUUGGCUCAACAUUUCUGGGAACUGAAAAGGAUAAUCACCCAAUUUCAGGCAUCACGGGAAAUGUUUCAAUCGACACGAAUGGCGACCGGUAUUCCGACUAUUCUUUGUUGGAUUUGGACCCUCAACAAGGCAAAUUCGUGGUAUGUUGUUUUUCUGAAGCCACGAUCGGCUCUAAGACAUUAUUUCGAAACUCAACCGUCUUGUCACCCUUUGAAAUGGAUUAAACAGAUUCACAAUGUAAUUUCUCAAUCAAAAAAGCUUCCGCAUUUUAAUUCAAUGAAAGGAAGUUGAGGUUAUAGCUUUUUUAGUUUUCAUGAUUCCAGGAAGUCGCCUACUAUUCUGGAGCUUCGAAUCAACUCAAACAGGUCGGACAGUUCCAUUGGGUGGGCGGAAAACCGCCAACCGACAUGCCCAUUUGCGGAUAUGACCAAAGCAAAUGUCCGAAGGUAUUUUCCACAGUUUUAUAGAGAAAACUAGAAAUCAUCAUCUGUUUUACAGGGUUAUCCUCUCCACGUCUACCUUCUUCUUUGCUCAGCAUUGCUCAUAGUUGUUCUCGUCUGUCUGUUCAUCUUUUUCUGGAGGUAUGACCUAAUCACUCGUGUUCUAAUGACGAAGGAAUCCUCCGAGCUCGUUUCAAUUCGAAAUUUCUCAGAAGGUAUAAACUGGAGCAAGAGCUUGCGGCGAUGAGCUGGAAGAUCCGGUGGGAGGAACUCGACGGCGAGGAAUCGCAGAAAAAGGAAAAGAAGAAGGCGAAAAGCAAGCGGAAGGUUUAUUUCGCCUAGAUAUUUUUAAAAAAAUUUUGAUGUUUUUUUCGGAAUCGCUCCAAAUUAAAGAUACUGAAUUCUCUAGGUUAUAUUUCAAAGCUCAACACUCUUUUCAUUCCGGAACUCGAAUCCAAAUUGUCUUUUAAUCUUAUAUUUUUCAGGUUCACGACAGUUUUCUGCCUGAAUCUGAUCCACUGCUUCGGUCGACGUCGCGAUCAUCCGUCAAUUCAGACAAGGUUCUUAUUCUUUUUUCUUUAUUUUUUCUGACGUUUUCAAAAUUUUCGUCUCAAUUUUACAUGUAUUUUCGUUUUUUUCUGUAUGUUUUUUAUUCCCCUUGAGUGUCGUAUUCAUCAGUUUCAUUUUUUUUUUUCCAAUACAAAACUGGACGUUUCGAAAACUUUUUCAUUCUUUUUUUUCUAUGGGGCUCACAUAGCAACGAUUUUAUUCUGUGUCUGAGUCUAACGUUCUUCCUAAUAUAUUUGCCUCAAUAUGUAAGCCACUUAAAGGAUUGAAUUUCAUCGAUAGUGAGCCAAAAAAGGUACUGAAAUGGAAAGAAGUCAUAUUUGUCCCUCUCAUCAGAACUCUUUCAUCUUUUGGACCAAAAGUAAAAGAAAAGGUCAAUAAUCCUUAGGAAAAACUGUUUGUCCUUCUUGACAAAUCGAGGCUCUCUGGUCGCAUAUAGAAUGGCUGAACGGAUUGCGGUCGCGCUGCGGUUCGAGUCGUAACACAUUUCGAAUCUUGCGAUCAAAAAUGUUUGCCCGCUUCAAGCUUCUCAAUGAAUACGCACCGUCCUUUUCGCUUCGAGCCAUUCUCUGUGCGACGGACUUUCUUCACUUUAUGAAUCGACUGUAAAAAUUAACUGCCGUUUUAAAAUUUCCUAUGCUUAUUCAUAUAUUUUUCCGGUGAACUUUUUUUGUUCUGUUUUUCUUUCUCUGGCUGGUGGUGGUUUAAAAAGUUUACAGAAAAUUUUUUCAUGUUAACCUUUGUGCUUUGAAAUUCUGAGAAAGUUUUAUGUUUUUUUUUUUUGAACGAAUUUUGCAGUUUGACGAGGAGGCAAUGACUCCAAUCCGAAUGCGUUUGGUAUGUUGCAAAAAAGAUGCUUCCCAGUUUUUUUUUUCUUCAAAACAUAUUUCAUUCAUCGAUGAUUUGAAAACAGAAAAGUGAUGAAUGAAUUAAAUUUCGUGUCAACUUGAAUACAACUUAUUUGAGGAGUCUUAUUCUCAUUUUUUUUUUUUGAUGACAGCCUGUUUUUUUUUCAAACUUUGUAAGACUGCUGUAGAUUAUAUAUCUACAACGUUGUUUUCCAAAAGUUUUUUUUUCAAAAACUUUAUUUUGGAUGAAAAAAACUGUUUAUCAAUGUCUUUCUUUAAACAGAACCUAUGAAAUAAAUUCAAUUAAAAAUAAAUGAGUUAUGAAAAAUGAUUUGACGCUUUUAUUGCAUGAAUUCCUGUAUGCUUCAUUCAUCACAGCUUCUAAAAGAUUGGAAAACGCUGCAUAUUUCAAAAAAGAAUAACGGGAUCGUGAUGAUUUUUAUGCUAACGAUGAAAGAAGUACGCAUUUUGUCCAAUCUGAUUUGCACGAUCACGAUAAUUUUCCUCGGUUUGCUUUUUUUCUGUUAUUUUCGAGCCAAUGUAAUGCUUUCUCCGCUGAUUUUGAGUUUUGUCCGAUUGAAACUGAUUAUUCCAUUGUACUGAGACUAUUUUUUUGUUAUAUAGUCUGUUCAUGACAGCUUUUUGAGAUCUAAGAGGGCGUCUUGAAGCGCCCUUUAUGACUUGAGAAAUCGCCUGUGAAUGAAUAGACUAUAGGAUUUUUUGGAAGGUUUAUUUCGUGGCCUGUGAUAUGGUUGCAGCUUUCGAAUUGAUUUGGAUAGUAGUAUAGAGCAGUUUUUAUGAUUAAUAACCAAAAUAGAGAAAUUUAAAAGUUCGUCCAUUAAGAUAAGUGACAAAGUUUUGAAAAGAAAAUGUAAAUUUUUUUGCGUCGUCAAUUUUUUAUGUAGUUCAUUUACAGACACCCAGACGAAAAUUUAAAGCUUUCCUGACAAAAUUUUUUUUUUAUUUUAUAGAUAAUGAUCGGGGAUGAAUUUAAAAUUCCUGUGAUUUCCGAUUCCCACUGCAGCUGUUUUAUAGUGCACCACAUUGCUAUCGUAGUCGAGUCAAUAGUACGUUCAUUUUCAGCUUGUCAAUAUUUGAAACUUCUGAUUGGUUGGUCGCGUUUUUUUUUUCGACGAUUUAAUGCCCGUCCAAUCAAUCAAAUCAGUCCUAGAAGUUGCAACUUGUUAGAUUCUGAUAUUUUCUCGAUUUUCUUGACCAAAGUUUAUUCCGUGAAGCUCCUGAAGCCUAUUCCGACAACUCUACAGACUGAAAAUGAAUGAACUAUACAAAACGAGUGUCCUUUUGUUUUUGACGGAAUAAGGAUGGGAAAUUGUUUCAGCGAUCGUCAAGCUCUGGAGCGACGCGAAAAAUUUCGGCAAUGAUCGAUAGGAAGUGGAGCAUGUUCACGAGGAAGAAGAGCAGUCCGAACGCCGACAAGAACGGCGGCGUCACUCCCAACGCUUUACGACAAAUCGAAGACGGCGAAUCGUCGCCCAUCAACGAGGUGCAGUUUCGACUGCCCCUUGGCGACCGAAGAGUCUCGUCGCCGUCGUCGGACGUCAAGGUGCGCGAUUCCGACGCGCGACUCUUUCAAAGUGGAAACUUGCAGAAGAAGAGCAGCAACGAGGAGGAGAUGGACAACGGCGCGAAGAAGUCGUUGAGCUUCAAGAAUCGCAAGCUCUCGUUCGGGAUGGUUUCCUUCAAGGUCACAUUCACUUUGAAAUAAGAUUGUUAUUGAAAGAGAAUAGACUGAAAAAUCGGCCUUACUUCGCCUUUUUCGAUCCUUUAUUCAGAUCGCUAGCUUCACAGUCAUAUAAUGCUUGUUUUCUUCCCAUUCCGUGGUUUUGCAAUUUUUUUCGUCUCAUUAACAUUUUUAAAAUUUUGAAAACAAUUUCUCACUUCAAAAAUUCAUUUUCUCAUUGCAACGUCCUCCAAGUGGGAAAUAAUUAAACGUUCCCACCGAUUUUUAUUUUUUUAAUACUGUAAUUUUUUUGUUUAUGAAGCUCAACAAAUUACAUAUCAACGGAUAAUUUAUGAAGUUAAUGCAUAUUUUUACCUUGAUAAGUUACAACAGCAUUCAUUUCUCUGUUAAAAUGAAUGGUCUGAGGAGCUCGAAGAAAUGAAUAUUCAGAACAACUUUAUCCAUUCCACUUUCAGAGCGGAAGUGGUGGUUCUGUGGAGACAAUCGCUCAGAAUAACACCCAAAUCUACACGAAAACGGCGAUUUACAAAGGCGUUCUCGUUGCCAUCAAAAAGCUCAACAUUGAUCCGAAAAAGGUAGGAAAAUGCAGCUCGAUCCGUAUUGAAGACUCAAGUUUUCAGUAUCCUCGAUUAGACCUUUCGAGGGCGCAGCUGAUGGAACUGAAAAAAAUGAAGGAUCUUCAACAUGACCAUAUUACGAGGUAACAGGCGUGGGAAGUUUUGUUUGGAAAUUUUAGGCUUCAUUGACAUUUAGGUACAAAAGUGUACUGAUUUGAAAAAAUAAGUUUUGUUCGCAAAAAGGGAAGUUUUGUAAAAAAAAAAAGAGAAAGAAAAGAAUUCAAAAUGAAACAGGAAAAAGUCUUUAUUGACGUACAUAGACCUGCGCCUUCAAUAAUUACUUUUUUUCAUCCUUUAAAAAUAAACUUUAUGGUCUCAAAUACAGUACCGUCAGAAAAAAUACGAAAAAGCGACUUUUGUCACAACUUUCUUGUAAAGAAUUCAAUCUCAAAAUAAGAAGAUAAAAAAUAUUUUGGAAAAUUUAGAAAAGAUUCGGACUACAGAAAUUCAAGACGUUUUCAGAUUCACGGGUGCUUGUAUAGACUGCCCACACUACUGUAUCGUGACCGAGUACUGUCCGAAAGGUUCUUUGGAAGAUAUCUUGGAGAAUGAGAAGAUCGAACUCGACAAAAUGAUGAAGUACUCAUUACUUCACGAUUUGGUCAAGGUUCUUAUCAUUUUCUUGGAAAAAAGCCUAAAUUUUCAUUUUCUAGGGCUUGUACUUCCUACACAACAGCGAAAUCCGUUCCCAUGGACGGCUGAAAUCGUCGAAUUGCGUUGUCGACAGCCGUUUCGUGUUGAAAGUCACCGACUUCGGGCUCCACAAGUUGCACUCAAUGGAGGAGAACAAUGUCGAGGAGCUCGGCGAGCACGCCUAUUAUAAAAGUUCGUUGGCGGGAUUUAUGGAAAAAAGUAAAUAAUUGGAAAAAAAAAAUGGUCAUUAACGUGUUUCGCGCUUCGAAGACAAACGCUUGCGCACCCGGACCUUGGUAGCGCAUCACGAACGUGUCGAAGCAUUUCUAGUGACCACCUUAGUGGCGUCAGCACUCUCGAGUGAUCCCUAGAUUCGCUCAGAAACGCUCGGAGCGUGUCGGGUUUUCGUUACCGAGAAGCUCAUAUUUUCAAUUUUUUCUGUGUUUUCUUUUGGAAUUCAAACUUUGCAGAAAUGCUCUGGACGGCUCCGGAGCUGUUGCGAGAUCCAAACGCUCCUCCGCAAGGCACGCAACGCGGCGAUAUCUACUCAUUCGCCAUCAUUCUACACGAGAUGUUGUUCCGAAAAGGCGUCUUCGCUCUUGAAAACGAAGAGCUCUCGCCACUGGGUGAGAUUAUGUUACAGUUCAGAAAAUGAUUGAAUAUAAUCUUGCAGAAAUCGUGAAGCGGGUGGAAAAACCCCUGAUUGGCGACGAGGAGCCCUUCCGACCGUGGUUUCCAGAUCCGGUCGAAGGCGAGGAGGAGGUCAACGAGACGCUGUUCCAACUAAUGUUCGCGUGUUGGUCUGAAGACGUUCACGAUCGUCCUGAGGUCGCGAGUGUCCGCAAAGCCGUUAGAAGCUUGAACAGGUGAUUUUAGGGGGUCAUUUGGAGACGAAGUAAUGUGAUUUCAGGGAUAACGAAACGUCGAACCUUGUCGACAACCUCCUGAAACGGAUGGAGCAGUACGCCAACAACCUGGAAGGCCUUGUGGAAGAACGAACGCAAGAGUAUUUGGCUGAGAAGAAGAAAGUCGAAGAACUGCUCCAUCAGUUGCUUCCGCCAUCCGUUGCUGACCAGGUCAACUUCAAUGUCAAGCCUUCCCUCAAAACUCCUUUCCAUCCAAUCCUUUUUCCUAGUAAAUAUUCUUCCUUAUUUUCAGCUGAUCUCUGGCCGAGCGGUCCAAGCAGAGUCCUACGACAGCGUGACGAUCUACUUCUCGGACAUCGUCGGCUUCACGGCUCUUUCCUCGGCUUCGACGCCGAUGCAGGUCGUCGCGUUGCUCAACGACUUGUAUCUGGCUUUCGACGGGGUUGUUGACAACUUCAAGGUCUACAAGGUUGAGACCAUUGGUAAGCUUGUCGUUUCCCUCGUCCUCUUCAAGAGAUCGGCUCUUAGGCGACGCCUACAUGGUGGUCUCGGGUCUGCCUGAUCGGCGCGACGACCACGCGUCGCAAAUUGCUCAGAUGUCCUUAGCGCUGCUCCAAAAAGUCAAGAACUUCAUCAUCAGACAUCGACCGCACGAGCAGCUCAAACUACGUAUUGGAAUGCAUUCGGGUGCGGAGGAAACAUUUUGAAAUGUUGAUUCUAUAAUUCUUGAUGCAGGUUCUGUGGUUGCGGGUGUUGUCGGUUCAAAAAUGCCGCGCUACUGUCUUUUUGGUGAUACGGUUAAUACGUCUAGUCGGAUGGAAAGCAAUGGACUGCGUGAGUUUCUCUUUUCCUUUCGCAAAAAGUUAUAAUUUUCCGUUUCGAACGUUUCUGGUCAGUUGUUCAGGGAUCAACUCCUUAAAAAAACGGAGUCAGAGUCGCUGUUUGUUUCAUUUGAGAAAUUUUCAAAUUUUCAAAAGUCUCAGAAAUUAUUUUUUUCGACCAGAGAAAUGCAUGAAUUAUCUCUUUGAUCUUGUAAAAAACCACCGAAAAUCCUAUAUAUUCGACCUCAAAUUUCGAGAAUGUCCAAUUGAUUUUACAUUUAAAAAAAAAAGAAAAAAAAAGUAGCGAACCAACCGCGUAACUUGGCUUUAAAGCUUCAUUUGUUGACUUAUCUUUUCAAUGAAGUUUUUGAGAGCUUAGUGGUCACUUUUUCGAACCGAAUCAAAAAUGAGAAUAUAUUUUCGGCCUAGGUAUUGUUUUUCUUUCAUCCUUGAAGGUUAUUCUCAAAGGAACAACAAUUGAAAACUACUCAAAAUAAAAUAAAUACGACCACUCAAAGAUUCGAAGCACAUUCCAGCUCUUCGAAUCCACGUGUCGGAGACGACCCAUUCAAUCCUGACCCGAGAUCCGGGCUUCCGGCUGGAGCUGCGGGGAACGGUCGAGAUGAAGGGCAAGGGAAUGCAGACGACCUACUGGCUGACUGGCUACAACGACGUCCAAAUCCCCGACUUUGGCGACCAGUACAAAUAG